AUGGAAUCAAAUUCCGAAUCAGACAAUGAUUAUGUCGAAGAAGAGCAUAAAAGUAUUAGGCUAAAUCAGGAUACUAUUUCUUCAGACAUUAGCUCCCCCAGUAAAGCUACUUCUAAAAAUGAGAAUGACAACCCCACGACUCCUGAAAAGAACGAUGAAAAGAAAAUUGACCUCAAAGAAGGGAAUUCAUCUCAAUUUCUCAAAGUUUUGAAUCAAGCUAAUCCCAUAAGUUUUUAUAACAAAAAGCCCAGAGGUUCAAUGAAAAAUGAGACUGUCAAUAAGCAAUCAAUGAUGGUUGACCGGAUGGACUCUAUCAAAUCAAUGAAACAGAAAAUGCACAUGGAUCCUUUUGUGAGGACCAACCAAGCACUUCUUAAGAGAUUAGAUAGCAUCAGCACUCUAUUCAACAAAGAUGGAGGAGGCACUAAUUCAAAAAUUGGGGCUCAAGAAAAUAAUUACUAUUACACAAAUUUUGGAUGUAAUGUCAGUCAAACUUCGAAAAGAUUUGGAGUCAGAGAUACACCAAUGUUCAGAAGUGGCGAAGGGGUCUCUGAUAAUGAUGUCUCGGAAAAAGAUAAGAGAAUGUCUUCAGCAGUUAGUAUGUGGGAUAACAAUAGAGGUAGUGCUGUAUUCUCAGGAAAUACCCCAAAGAAAUAAAAUAUCUGACAAUCUCAAAGGAGUCAUGAAUAUAAAAGACCCAUUAAAUAAAUCAGAAGUGUCAGUAGUUAGCGUCAAUGAAAUUCUUGAUUUUGAUGACUACAUCCCAUUCAAGCCAACUAAUCUCCUUGAAAAGAUUGAUGAAGAGAAACAGCAGAUGCUUGAAAAAGAUAACGAUGAAAGAAAAACUCCCUCUCCCUCCCCUAAGAAGGAUCAUGUAUAUAGCUUUCAAGAAGCUAGAAUGAGUGAAGAAGAAUCUUUUGAUUCGAAAAACGAAUCGAUAAAAGAAACUAGUGAGUCCGAUAACGAAAGUGAAUUAGUUGACCAUCUCAAGGUUGAACCAAACAUGAAGCCAAGAAGAUCUUCUACAUUUAACUCUUGCCAAUUACAUCAGAAAAUAUUAAAAUUUAAAACAAAAAUGUCUUCCCAGUACCACCGCCAAGGAUCAGGGCAUUCAGAGUUAACUAUUGGAAAUUAUUCUCAAAAAGGAGGAAUCUUAACAUCAAUUUGUGCUAGUAGAGAUGGAAAUGAUUCUGAAGCUUUAGUAAACCCAAUAGCACUAAAAGCGCAGUUAAAAUAAGAAAAUGAGCAUGCAUUUUCCAAAGGCACGGCUUAAAAGUAAGAGAACUUUGAAGUUCAGGUCAUCAUCUUCCUCAAAAUCCAAGAUAAUGUCUAUCAGGAGCUACAAAAGAGCUAAGGCAUUUAAACUAAUGAUGAUGCCUACACCUCCUGAAAAGGUGAGCAAUUACAUGCUAUUCUCUUCACGUGCUCUUCGAAAAGUGGGUGCUACAAAUACAAAAGAUCUCAUCAUAACUCUCAAUGAGAUGGGCUUUGAUGACGAGAAAGUUGAAAGGACAGUCUACUAUGGCGAAAUUAAAACAGUUGAAGAAGCUAUGUACUACCUUGUCCCAAAUCAAGAGAAGCUAUGGGAGCACAAAUUUGUCCCUGAAACUUACUGUAAAGGUCAAGAAUGGUGCUUGUUUUGCAAAUAGACAACAAAAAUUGAAAAAAAACAAUAGUAAAAAUGGUAAUACCAGUGAGAAGAGCAGGCCAAAUUCGCCAGAGAGCAAAGGGAGGGACCUUGAAAAUGGCAGCUUAAAAUCUGGAGAGCAAAAGCAAAUUACACAUAUGAUGGAUAAAGUUAUUAUAAAUAAUCGCUUAUUCGUACAAAGAAGAAAUAGGAAUAAGUUAACAGAGACAGUUCAAACCAUUAGCCGUCUUGGAAUGGAUUUGCCUAAAAUGAAUCGUAAGCCAUCCAGAAACUCUGGGGAAGAAUUUCCUAAAGAAUUGGACAACCAGGAAAAUACUGAGGUCAAUAACCAAGAUGAGAAUGGCGAGCGUAACUCAAAUUUAGGAUUUGACAUUUCUCAGCAUUAUGAUGAAGCUUCUGAAUCUCAAGAAUUUCAAAUUUUAAAAGAUGGAAUUAAAUAAAUCUGAAGAAAAUAAUAAAGAUCAAGAUAGUAGCCCUAAAAGCUUUAUCUCUGAACCAAUGAAUAAAAGAUUAUCAAUAUCUGUUUAAGAACGAGAAUGAAGAAGAAAAUCCUCUAAAUCAAGAGGCUAAAUA